AUGGCGAUGAUUGGGCAGCCCAUUUUACCAGAUUUGGACUUACUCACCACAGCAGGCACAGUGUGCGAGGUACUCAAUGAUUACUCAGUUUUACAUCGGAUUGUUGGAGUGGAAAUUGAUCGUAUGGAGAUACGAUUAGAGGCGGCAUUGGAAAGAAUGGUUGAUCGGCAUUUCCAAUCAUUCGCGGAAGAGGUUAUACGAAAUGUCAAAAGUACUCAAGAGGCAAUUCUAAACAAGCUGGAUGAGCUCACAAAAACCAGAGACAGCUGA